AUGCCUGCACAUGACAGCAAAAUAAAGCGGGGUCGCAAUGGCUGGGAGUACAAAGUUACCCUGAAUGCGAACUUCGAUGCAAACUCUAUUAUUCAGCCGUAUCGCGUGCAGAAAUUCAUAGCUGGCGGCGAUAAGGCGCAUGGCAGUGAUAUCACCACUGGCAAUGUCAUAUUCUCCUGGAUGGGUGCCAAUGGUGGCGUGGCUUCACACACAGACAAAGUUGACGCGGUUAGAAGCACCUACCAGCUUCCUUAUCCAAUUCCGCGCGACCAUCGUGGACACACAUUUAAAGUGCAUUCUAUCAGAUUCCACGACAUACACGUUGAAGCAGACGAUUGUGUCUGGAAGGGAAGAGAGGAUGAUGUUGAGUGGACAUGCUACUUUGGCUAG